CCGGUUUGUAGACAUUCCCUCUUCUCAGUUUCAGUCUUCUCUCUCUCCCUGAUAAGAACAUGCAUUCUGUCUUGUCCUCAUUUAGAACAAAAUGGAGACCAACAGGAGAGAUUCGCCGGUAACGUUAAGCACCAUCAGGGACCUGUUGGAGUCUCCACUGACCACCGAGGAGGUGCACAAACGACUGACCGACGACGAGGAUUCCGUUUCGAGUCUUGACACUGACAGGGAGUCGAACAGUUCGCCGUUAUGCACAUUGGAUGAGUUACAAGAGCAACUUGCAGUGAAUGACAGCAGUGUCUCGACUGAAGAUGAUCCCCGCUUCACGACAGGGAUUCAUGAUAGUGACCCGGACGCGCCGCAGAAGCCCCGCCGCUCGUAUAUUGAGGAAGCAUUACCGGAUCUGCUGCGGAGCGGGAGCCCACUGCGCAGAAGAGUGUCCAGCCCGGUGUCUGUAACGUUGAAGCAUGUGAAGAAGGAAGUGGAAUUAUCUCGCCAGCGCAGUCUGAGACUCAAGGCUCAGGUAGAUAGGCUGCAACAACAACACCAAAGUGGACCCGGCUGGAGCGAAAGCAAAUACCGAGUGGCAGAGGAGCUUCAGUCUGUUGUGAAGCUGUUGCUUCCACUGACUGAUCUAGAAUCAGCAGAAGUGGACCAGCAGUCGCGGGCCAACCCUCUAGACACCGCACUGCUUCAGCUGCAGAAAGUGGCACGCAGACUCGCCCUUAACCACACUUGUCAGGGAAAGGAGAAGUCUGGAGAAGACGCUGCCAUUUUACAGCAAGCUCUACGGGACAGAGAUGACGCCAUUGUAAAGAAACAAGCUAUGGAGAGUGAGCUGUUGAAAAGCAAGAAUGAACUGAUGACACUGAACAACCAACUUCUGGAAGCUGUUCAGAGUCGACUGGAGCUGUCUAUAGAGCUGGAGGCCUGGAAAGAUGAUGUACAGACCAUCCUUCAUCACCAGCUCCUCCGACAGCAGCAGGAAGAGCAGGCUCAGAAGAAAUCCAGAGGGUUUGGUGUCCUGCGGCGCUCAAAUAAACCCCUUCCUCCAAAACCUGACUAUUUGCCCACUCUGAAACAAGCAACUGUGCCGAUUCCUGAGUCCCCGUCACCCACAGCAACACAGAGGUGGAAAGACAAGUUCAGACGUGGACGGAUCACUUCACUAGAACCAGUGGAGACUAAACCACAGAGGAUGAUCAAAGAGGACAAUUUUCAUAACGUUUCUUUGGACUAAUGAGGCAGUUUCAGUGAUUUUGCCCCACCACACUUAGGAUGUCUGUCCUGGGGAUGUAAAUAAUAUUUGGAAUACUGUUAUGAAACAUUAAAGGGAUAGCUCACCCAAAACUGAACAAUCUGUCACUUACUCACUGUUUACUUAUCACAAAAGAAGAUGUUUUGAAAAAAGCUGGAAACCGGUAACAAUUAACUUCCAGACUAUUGUUUUUUUCCUACUAUGGAAGUCAAUAGUUACAGGUUUCCAGCUUACUUCAAUGUAUAUUCUCUUAGGUUCAGCAAAAAAAAAAAAACGUUUGGAACACUUUAGGGUGGGUAAAUAGUGAGUAAAUAUUCAUUUUUGGGUGAAUUAUCCCUUUUAAAAGCAUGUUUCAGUUUUGUGUUGAGAAUCUUAAAAGGCUUGUUGACCUACAUGAAUGAAGGAUGUGAUAUUUUGUCUAUACUUCCUAGUAAUAUAUUAAGAAAGGGGAAUAAAGCUGACAGAAAUGACAACAGAUAA